GGGCUGGAAUCUAGCCAGCUUCUUCGGCUCUGUCCAUCCUCUGUGAUCUUCUUUAUAGCCAUUGUGGCUGCGUGUUAUUCUUGCAAGACCUGCAUGCAAUUCACUCAUAUGGGAGGCUGAAAUGCUUUCUCUGUGUUACACUGGCUAGGGGGGGAGAAUGGAAAAUGGAGAGUGUCAUCGCGCUCGACACGUAUCUGGUCAGCAAUGAAGUUGGAAAUCCAUCAGAGAUUGGUUUUCGCAACUUUUCGGUUAGCCUUCAGAACGAUUGAUUGAUUGAUUGAUUGAUUGUGAUUGAUUGAUUGUGAUUGAUUGAUUGAUUUUCAAUCGUUACGAGCGGCUACCGUGCGCGCAUGGAUUGGAGCUAAUUGUCUGUCGAUUGAUGGUAUUCAUUUUUGGGCCAUGAUUGGCACAUCAUAAGAGCUUCCUGAUGAAGACAGACAGAGAUAUCAAUGAAGCGGGCAACGCAGUGGAGAGGAGUUGGGGAGAGCGUGAGCGCAGCCAGGUAAGAUCUGCUACUUUUCAAUGCAUGCCUGGAUAUGGCCAAAGGGAACAGAAUAAAAAGUUGCGUGUUCUAUCCUUCCAAAGGAAGAAGUUUGAACCUGGCCCUGUUUUUGCUGAAUGUUACACAGAUAUAAUUGCUGAUAAACAGGUCACUGCCGGCCACCUGGUAGGCCUUGUCCACGGGACGGUUUGGAAUGUGAGGGUGGGAAAAAAAUGUGCGUUGCAAAAAAGUGGCUCGGGGGCUUAAGCAGCGAUUUCUCUGUCCAUCCCACUGGUGGAAAACCAGCUCUGCCACUUGUCCGUGCAUCUCCUGCUCCCUUGCUUCUCCCCUUGCGGUCCCUCAUUCAUUCACACUGGCAAGGUAGCAGAGAUCAAGUCAAGUCCCUCUCUAACUUGGGAUCCAUAUCUCCCUGAGCGUUUCCGAUGCGAUAACUCCCAGGCUUCUGACAUUUUUCUGACAUUUUUCCCGAGAGGGCAGGCGUCUGCACCUUCUGUAGCCCUACUUGUUGGCAGCAGGGUGGAAACGAGUCAAACAGCGAGGUGCCUUGGAAAGCCAUGUGAAGGGAGAGAGGUUUGUCAGUAGUUCUCAUCGGAGUUCGCUAGAGGUGCCAUGAAGGGUAGGGCGCAUGCCCCCUACUGCUCAGUAUGAAUGACAAUGCAGUUCUGCGGCCGUCAGGUGCGGUGGAUCACUGACCUGUUGAAUGGAAGGCAGCGUGGGGUGUGUGAUGCAUGCCAGGUUCCUUGUUAGCAAGUGGGAAGGGGCAAUGUUUCUUUGCCAUCGCCGGCUUUUGUUGUUUCUAUUACUUGAACCAUGCAUUCAUACCUUUCAGGUUUCACACACGUUAUAAAACGUGUUGGACGGAAUUUGGUUGUGAAUACGGCCAGAUACGUCCAAGAACGUAUCCCUGGUGGCACAGCUAAGAAAGCAGCGAGCACCGUCGAUCAUGGUUUUUUGCACGACGGGAGAGAGUGGGGAAGGCAGCAUGGGGUGUGUGAUGCAUGCCAGGUCCCUUGUUAGCAACUGGGAAGGGUCAACGUUUCUUUGCGGCUUUGCCGUCGCCGCCCUUUGUUGUUUCUAUUCCUCGAACAAUGCAUUCAUACCUUUCAGGUUUCAUGCACCCUAAUACUAAUACUCUUUGGACCGAAUUUGGUCGUGAAUACGGCCAGAUACGUCCAAGAAUGUCCUGGUGCGAGUAAGCCUUCAUUGUUUGGUUAGGCACAGCUAAGUGAGCAGCGAGCACAGUCGAUCAUAGAGCGCGCGACCGGAGAGAGUAGGGGAGGCAUGGGCCGCUGCAUCAGGCCCCUUAUACCUGGGAGGAUAAUUUUGCGUCCAAACCGGUGCUGCUCUGAGCUGCCAGUGGCCCUCUCAGCUGAUGCGCAGGACUUGUAUAUUCCUCCAGUUGCAAGCACCCGUCACUCUAAGGUCUCCAAUCGAGCCCAUCAAACUCGGCCAUGGGCUUGGUCCAUCAAAGGGUUCUUUCUUUUUGGCUGUGGGACUGGUCCGUCCAAGCUCUGGGCCAGGUCCAUCAUGUGGUCCAUCAAAGUGUACCUUUUGGUUGGGCCCAUGCAAGCUCUCGACCACACUCUGCACCAGACCCAUCCAGGCUGUGGACUGUUCCAUUUAAGCUCUGGACCUGGUCCAUCAUGUGGGGGGAUUGGCCCAUCAAAGGAUACAGUUUGGCUGUGGUGCUGGGCUAUCCAAGUUCUGCACUGGCCCAUCCAAGCUCGGGACCAACCUAUGGAUCAAGCUCUGGCUCUGAACUGGUCCUUCCAAGCUCUGGACCUGGUCCAUCGUGUGGGAUUGGCCCAUCAAAGGGUACCUUCCAGCUGUGGUGCCGGGCCAUCCCAGUUCUGGACUGGCCCGUCCAAGCUCUGGACCAGCGCUAUCCAGGCUCUGGACUGGUUCAUCCAGGAUCUUGAGCAGCUCCAUCAUGUGGGAUUGGCCCUGCAGGCCUACCUCUGCGCACCUCUCAGCUGUGGGCCUGGUCCAUCCAGUGUACCUCUCAGCUGUGGCCCUGGUCCAUCCAGUGUAGCUCUCAGCUGUGGGCCUGGUCCAUCCAGUGUACCCCUCAGCUGUGGGCCUGGUCCAUCCAGUGUAGCUCUCAGCUGUGGGUCAGCUGUGGGCCUGGUCCAUCCAGUGUACCUGUCAGCUGUGGGGCUGGUCCAUCCAGUGAACCGCUCAGCUGUGGGGCUGGUCCAUCCAGUGAACCGCUCAGCUGUGGGGCUGGUCCAUCCAGUGAACCUCUCUGUUAACUAGCAGGGCUGGUUCAUUAAGCUGUACCUGUAAGCUGUGGGACUGGUAGGGCUGAUUCGAUCAGACUCAGCUGCAGGACUUGUGCAUGGAAGAAGUGUCCAUCUCAGCUGCGGGACUCAUCGUGCUGGCUGAGUCAUCGAGUGUACCUCUCAGCUGCGGGGCCGGUCCAUCAAAGGAUGUUCUCAGGCUGAGAGACACAGCCCCACUGUCACUGGGGGAUUGUUCCGCCAUUCGCUCUCAGGGGGGGUUCCCCUCCAUCAUAGGGUACAUGCCAGCUUCAGGUCACAAAGUUCAUAAGUCCUGAUCCGAGGGUUGUGAUGCUGGGGGACCGAGCCUGGGUAUCGACCAGGGGAAGUUGUUUGCUGGGGUGCUACAGCAGUCGGUCUGGUCCAUGAACGGGGGGUACCUGCUAGCUGCAGGUCGCAAAGUUUAUAUGUCCCGAUUCAACGUUGCAAUCCUGGGAACUGAGCAGGGGCACCUGUCAAACUUGUUCAAUGGAGUUUCAACUUUUCAAGGGCUGGGUCUCAUCAACAGUCCCAGUCACCUGGACGCGAUUGCAGUCAGAUUCAUGUUGUUCGAAAGGGCACCUGCCAGCUCUGGUGAUCUGGCGUGAUUGCGGGGGUCUCUUCGACUUUCCGAGGGGGAUCCUAAGCGACAUUUCACACUGGGACAUUUUCUACUAUGCUCUGGAUGUGAUUGCAGGCAGAUUCAUCCAGGUCUGGCCAUAGUUGCAGUUGGAUACAUUGUGGAAAGUCGUAGUGGGAGUAUGGUCUCAGAGACAUUUACGAACAGGAAAUAGAGUUUGAUGGGGUUCACUUGCAAUCAUGGGAGCAAGAGAGCGAGCGAGCAAGCAGUCGAGUGAGGGCUGUUUUUCUCUGUCGUCCGCGCGGCGACAGCUCAUUGGCAAGGGAUUUAUGCUAGAGAUCGAAGUCUAGCGUUCUCUCCUUUAGGGGAGGUGAGCAGGGCAACUUGGAAAGGGGGAAUGAGGAGGCCCUUUGUUCUGAGUAAUAAAGACAAUAUCACAGC